AUGACCUACUCUUCACGAGCGAGCCACCCCACCCCACUCGUCCAGUAUUUACCAGGAAACAAUAUCAUCUUGGGAGAAUCAGUAGCAAGCCUAAUGAACCUGCCCAUGUAUGAUCUUAUCCAGCGUAAACAUGAUGUUCUCUUGAAAGUAAAGUUUGGGACCCACCCUACCCGUCUUUCACGGAAUAUGAUGGAAAGCAUACCACCACCGCCGCCGCCGCCUCCGCAGGAUGCUAUACCGCCUCCUCCAUCAGAUCUGCCCCCACCUCCGCCUCCUCCACCAGAAGAAGAUGCGCUAGGUCCAGCGCUUGUGCAGAAGAAACAGAAGAAGGGAUGGGGCUCACAAAAGAAGCAACCACCGAGCAUAGACGAUAUACUCAAGGCGAAGCGUGAACAGGAAGUUGCGGCCGCGAAACCCAAGUUCAUGUCCAAAGCAGAGCGUGAAAGAUUGGCGUUGGAGAAGCGACAAAAGGAGGUGGAGGAAUUGCAGAAGAGGCGUGAGGCGUCGAAUGGUCUUAGCAACGGGUCAUCACAAAAUGAUUACUCCCGCUCCAACGGCGCAAGUAAUGGCGCAUCGUCAAUACCUACAGGGCCUCGGUCUAUGCGCCCAGACCCGCCGUCAGGACCGUCAUCCACGCGACAAGACCGACGGAAUGGAGGAGACAUGGCACCGCCUCCAGUGCCCGAUAAGAAAACGGGCAAGCGGCCAGCGUCAGAGGACACCGAGGCACUGAUGAUACGGAACAGAUACAUGGGCCCGGAGCUAAACCAGUCAACCUUCUCGGCAAAGAAGAAGAGGAAGCGGACGACAGAAAAGAAGUUCAACUUUGAGUGGAACGAAGAAGAGGACACAAGCUACGACCACGAUCCCAUCUACCAGCAAAAGUCGGAAGCAGGAUUUUUUGGGCGCGGCAGACUCGGAGGAUUUACCGAGGAGGUACAAGAUGCCAGCACACAGCGAUUCCUGGAAGCUAUGAUCGAACGGGACCCAGAAACAGGACGGAUACGGGCGGAGCAAAUAUUGGAAAUGGAAAGGCGGCGGAAAGAGGAAGGGGGCCGAGCACAGUUGGACAAGCACUGGAGCGAGAAGAAGCUCGAACAUAUGCGCGAACGCGACUGGCGCAUCUUCAAAGAGGACUUCAAUAUUGCAACAAAGGGUGGAGCCAUACCGAAUCCCAUGCGCAAUUGGAGCGAGUCUGGCUUACCGGACAAGCUUAUGCGCAUCGUCGAGCAAGUUGGGUACACAGAGCCAUCUGCUAUUCAACGCGCUGCUAUACCCAUUGCCUUGCAAUGUCGCGAUCUUAUAGGUGUAGCCGUCACGGGUUCCGGUAAAACAGCUGCCUUUAUCCUGCCUUUGCUUGUCUACAUCUCACAAUUACCUCCGCUGAGCGCCGCGAAUCGUCACGAUGGCCCCUACGCGCUUGUCCUCGCACCGACGCGUGAAUUGGCGCAACAAAUCGAGGUGGAAGCUCGCAAAUUUGCUGCACCGCUGGGCUUCAACACAGCCGUCAUCGUCGGAGGCCACUCCAUCGAAGAGCAGUCCUUUCAAAUGCAAGCUGGAGCCGAAAUCAUCAUCGCGACCCCUGGUCGUCUUGUAGACUGUAUUGAGCGCCGAGUUCUUGUCCUCAGUCAAUGCACCUACGUGAUCAUGGACGAAGCGGACCGCAUGAUUGACAUGGGUUUCGAAGAGCCCGUCAACAAGAUCCUCGACGCACUUCCCGUUAACAACGAGAAGCCAGACUCUGAGCUAGCCGAAGAUGCCAAUGCCAUGAAGCGUGGUUUCUACCGCCAGACCAUGAUGUACACGGCCACCAUGCCGACGGCUGUUGAACGCAUUGCACGGAAAUAUCUUCGGCGUCCCGCCAUUGUGACGAUUGGCAACGUAGGCGAGGCCGUCGAGACGGUCGAACAGCGCGUCGAGCACAUCCAAGGCGAAGAGCGCCGCAAAAAGCGACUCCAAGAGAUUCUCAGCAGCGAAGAGUUCCGUCCCCCCAUCAUUGUCUUCGUCAAUAUCAAGCGAAACUGCGACGCCAUUGCCCGCGACAUCAAACACAUGGGCUUCUCCGCCGUCACCCUACACGGAUCCAAGACGCAAGAGCAGCGUGAGGCAGCCCUCGCUUCCCUCAAAGAAGGUCGCACCGAUGUGCUCGUCGCGACCGACCUUGCCGGCCGUGGUAUCGACAUCACGGACGUCUCGCUCGUGGUAAAUUUCAACAUGGCGACCAGUAUCGAGAGCUACACGCAUCGUAUUGGACGUACGGGUCGUGCGGGCAAGAGCGGAGUGGCGAUUACAUUCUGGGGCAAUGAAGAUGCGGAUGUGCUGUAUGAUUUGAAGCAGAUGCUGAUGAAGAGCCAGAUCAGCAAGGUGCCAGAGGAUUUGAGGAAGCAUGAGGCUGCGCAGCAAAAGGGGAAGAAGAGGGGCGAGGUCAUGGGUAAGGCUAUUACCUAG